AUUCCUGCUUUUUUUUUUCUCCAUUGGGUGGUGGACACAAAUAAAAAAAAGAAACCAGCGUUUAUUGUUUUAAAAAAUGAUCUCAAACCAACAGCAACAACAUUCAUUGCCAGACAAUGUGAGCCUGGAGGCCCUGUUGUCGUCAUUCCCAGGCGACUUUGCAGUCAAUCCAUUGGUUACGGUCACUUGCUCUAGCGGCAGCCCCGGCAGCCCUAGCAGCACCAGCAGCAGCAACAGCAACAGCAACAACAACAACAACAGCAACAACAAUAGUCCUAAGCGCACUGUCGUGCAGACCAAAAAGUCUCGACUCUCCUUGGACGACAAAGACCAAAAGACAAAAGAAAGAAUCCUGCGGAACAGAGCAGCGGCUCAAGAGUCAAGAGAUAAGAAGCGUCGCUAUGUCGUCGACUUGGAAGCAAGGAACAAACAAUUGCAGGAGGAAAAUGAACGGGUGACGAAGCGUGCCAAGACUUUGGAAGCUCAUAAUCAAAUUUUGAGCGCCCAACUCCUUGUCCUGAGCCAACACUUUGCAAAAAUGACCGACGGUGGCUCUUCUCUGGUGAAUGAUGGCUUUUGCGAUUCAGCACGGAUCGCGAAGAGGAUAUGCGUACCCGUGGCUCCAGUCUGUUGAUCUCGUUCUGUCGUUCAAUGUUCGUGUGUCGUCGUCGUCUCAACCCCCCUCGUCCACCACCCAAUGGAUAAAAGAUGCAGCAGAACAACAACAACAACAACGACGAAAACGAUCGAUCAACUAUGAGCAUGGAGCACAAUUACGACGUGUCCUGUCCCCGCAGCGGAGGCUGUCAAACACGAAGGGCUUGAACCACCUCAGCUUUUGCCGUCACCUAUACUAUCGUCUGUGUCCUCGAACGAUGAUGUUCAGUUGGAUGAUUUGUUUUUCGACUGGGAAGGUUUGCAGCAAAUCCCCAGCCCACCGCAACAACAACAACAACAAUAAUCCAAUCAUUUCUUCCUUUCAAUCAUUUAUCCUUUUACCCCUCGCUCGUCUUCAUACUUAUUGCAUUUGUUUUCUUUUCUCUUUUAUCCAGUACUCUUUACUUCUUUAUUUCUUUUGGCAUUUAAUAAACGCAGCUUUUUCCAUAUCCUCAGUAA